AUGGGCCGCAAGGAAAGCGAUGCGUUCGGCGAGCUCGAGGUCCCCAGCGACCGCUACUGGGGCGCGCAGACGGAGCGCUCGCUGAGCAACUUCAAGAUCAACCAGCCGCAGGACCGCAUGCCACCACCCAUUGUGCGUGCCUUUGGCAUCCUCAAGGGCGCCGCGGCGACGGUCAACAUGAAGUUUGGGCUGGACCCCAAGCUGGGCAAGGCCAUUCAGCAGGCCGCGGCCGAGGUGGCCUCCCUCAAGCUGGUCGACCACUUCCCUCUGGUUGUCUGGCAGACGGGUUCCGGCACGCAGUCCAACAUGAACGCCAACGAGGUCAUCUCCAACCGUGCCAUUGAGAUCUUGGGCGGCGAGAUGGGCAGCAAGAAGCCUGUGCACCCCAACGACCACGUCAACAUGUCCGCUUCAUCCAACGAUACCUUCCCUACCGUCAUGCACAUUGCCGCCGUGCUGGAGUUCGAGGAAGCCCUUCUCCCGGCCCUGAGGGAGCUCAAGAAUGCGCUGCAAAAGAAGGCCGACGAGUUUGAGCAGAUUAUCAAGAUUGGCCGGACACAUUUGCAGGACGCUACACCUUUGACUCUGGGGCAGGAGUUCUCCGGAUACGUCACUCAAUUGGAGUAUGGCAUUGAGCGUGUACAGUCUGCUCUGCCACGUCUUCGAUUCCUGGCACAGGGUGGAACUGCGGUCGGUACCGGCUUGAACACCUUCAAGGGUUUCGCCGAGGACAUUGCGACUGAGGUCACCAAGAUGACCGGCCACGAGUUCAAGACUGCUCCCAACAAGUUCGAGGCUCUGGCUGCACACGAUGCCAUUGUAGAGGCUCACGGUCAGCUCAACACCCUUGCUGUAUCACUCUACAAAAUCGCCCAGGACAUUCGCUUCCUUGGCUCCGGCCCACGCUGCGGUCUUGGAGAACUUAACCUCCCUGAGAACGAGCCCGGUUCUUCCAUCAUGCCCGGCAAAGUCAACCCCACUCAAUGUGAAAGCAUGACCAUGCUCUGCGCCCAGGUCUUUGGCAACCAAGCCGCAGUCACCUUCGCCGGCUCUCAGGGUAACUUUGAGUUGAACGUCUUCAAGCCCGUCAUGAUCGCCAACCUACUCCACUCCUGCCGUCUCCUCACCGACGGCAUGAACUCCUUCCGCGAGAACCUCGUGGUUGGUCUCGAGGCCAACGAGGCCAAGAUUUCCUCCAUCCUCAAGGAGAGUUUGAUGUUGGUCACCUGCUUGAACCCCGUCAUCGGGUACGACAUGGCUUCCAAGGUCGCCAAGAAUGCUCACAAGAAGGGCAUCACGCUCAAGGAGAGUGCCAUGGAGCUCGAGGCUCUCAGCUCGGAGAAGUUCGACGAGAUUGUUCGGCCGGAGUUGAUGAUUGCUCCCAAGGAGAAGAAGUAG